AUGACAAAGAAAGCACCUCAAAGCAAACAAAAUUUGGGAACUAAUUCUGAUGAAAUCAUAGAUGAGGAUCGGGUUAGGAUGGGCGUGACUUUUCUUGACGAGGAAGAGGACGAUGCGGAUGUUGAACAAGAGGGGGACGAUGAUGAAGGCGAAUGUGAUCACUCCUCUGCAGUAUCUUCUGCGUCAACGAAUUCACUUUUACGUACUACACGUAGCAUGACGCGUUAUGAACCCAGCCAUCCAUCUGCUGGAUAUUCAGGAAUUGCACAGAGUUUCUCCCAACCCCAGGUUAAAUCUAUGGAGGCAAUGACACGUGACAUGCCAGAUUUUCUUCAUACUUCUAAGCAGGAUCCAAUGGAUAAGCUCGAUGAUGUGGAACAAGAAUAUCAAAAUAAGAUAGUUGAAAACGACAAGGGCGAUGGGGUUGAGACUGAGGGUACGUGGAAAGAAAUUGAAACUAAAGAAGUUGAAAGGAUUACAAACAAUGAAAACCAGAAGAUAAGAGAGUCUGAUCAGACAAAUAACAUGGAGGAAGAGCAGAAGCUAUCUCGAAUCCCUGGUUCUCCGACAGAGCCUAACUCCAUGUCGAAACUUCCCGAACCGGCUUCUCCAUCUCUGCAUAUUACCCAGAAUCCAAAAGAUGAAAAUGCCUCGCCAGUCGUGUCAUCAAACUCUGAACUUGUGCUUACGUCAUCUCAGGUCGAUGGAAGCAGCACUGACAAAUCUCCGCUGGUAGUGCACACAGAUUCAGAAGAUAAUAAAAACAAUUUGUCCUCAACAAGCCAUGAAGAAGCCUUCUCAAUGUUAAAUAACACUUCGGAGAGCUUUCCUGUUACAGAGCUGGAAGGUGCAACGUCAUCAUAG